CAGAAUGCUGCCCAAAGGCUGUCAGAUGUUACUUUUCUCUGCCACCUUUGAGGACUCUGUGUGGAAGUUUGGCGAGCGGGUCGUGCCAGAUCCCAAUAUCAUCAAGCUUAAGCGAGAAGAGGAGACCCUGGACACUAUCAAGCAGUACUACGUUCUCUGCAACAGCAAGGAGGACAAGUUCAACGCACUUUGUAACAUCUACGGAGCUAUCACUAUCGCACAAGCUAUGAUCUUCUGUCAUACUCGGAAAACAGCCAACUGGCUCGCCGGCCAGCUGUCUAAAGAAGGCCACCAGGUGACGCUGCUCAGUGGGGAGAUGGCAGUCGAGCAGAGAGCUGCAGUUAUUGAACGUUUCAGAGACGGCAAGGAGAAAGUUCUCAUCACUACUAAUGUCUGUGCAAGAGGUAUUGAUGUUGAACAAGUGUCAGUGGUGAUCAACUUUGACCUUCCUCUGGACAAAGAUGGCAAUCCAGACAAUGAAACGUACCUCCACCGGAUUGGCAGAACUGGACGUUUUGGUAAGAGAGGACUUGCUGUCAACAUGGUGGACAGUCAGCGCAGCAUGGAGAUUCUCAAGACAUAUGAGAGGCAUUUUAAUAAGAAAAUUGCAAGGCUGGACACAGAUGAUCUCGAUGAAAUUGAAAAAAUCGCCAACUGAAGUGAUGAAGAGCGAAAUGCACUACAUUAUUUUCAUAAAAAUCAGUUCUGCUGUUACCUCGUCAGAUUUGAUGCUUGAAUAAUCUGCAUUACAAAGACAAAUGUUUACAUAAAUUAUCGACUCAUAUUUAGGAGAAUAUGGUUUAACUCAAGCUUAAUGCCAAAUAGUUUUGAUUCUACGCUUAUAGCUGUUACAGGACUUUUUGAAUCAGUUUGUGUUUGACAGUGUGUUUUGAUUUUGAAGUGAAUUGCAGUACUAAUUCCUACAUUUAAUCUUGUUUACAGGAGACAGUUUUACAUAGGCAUUUUCUCUGUUAUCUAUUUGACUAAUGAAGCAUAUCUUGCAUAGGGCUGCACUGUGAAGUAAGUGGACUACUUUUUGGUCUUACAUGUGGAUAGAAUCAUAACAGACUUAAGUAUUUAUUCCAUCACAGUAUCUAAGAAGAUAAAAGUUAGGAAGAGAAUCUGAUAAAUAUGGUUUAGUUGCCUACAAAUUGGUACAAAAUUAUUAUAAGGUGCACAAAUGACACCGUCUCUUAAGACCAACUCAAAACACUAACAUUCCUCAAGAUGAGCACUUUAGAAUAAGACAUUUUAUAAUGAGAAUUAUUGUGAAAAUCACAGAGUAUUGUUUUGAUAUGUAGCAAUGCCAUUGUACUUGAACUGCAAAAAGCAUUUCAGCUUUUUGAAGAAGAGUUUUUGUUUUGUUCUGUUCAGAAAGACCAAAUAUUAGUUUUUUUAGUUAAACUGUGAAUUAUUUUCUCGCAUGUUCACUUUUACAAAGUAUAAAGAGCUACUGGAGUGAUAUUGUUGUGUUGUAGCUAUAUUGUUAGGAAUGGUUGCUCUACUGUUGUUUGCGAAAUGCAAAAUUAUUUUAGCUUGUUUACAUUUUUAUUGCUUAAAUUAAUGCACCUUGUUUGACUGAAACCCAUUUGCGAUUACAUUUAGCUGCAGCAUUUCAGUUUCUUUUUUUUGUACAUUUGCUGCAUUUAGGGUUUUAUAGUUGUUUCCUAUAUAUUCUUAUAAUAAUAAAACUA